AAAAAAUGCUGCUGCAACUGAAUGACGUACACGAUACACACUCAUUCCAUUGUACGGUAGUUUCAUUUUAAUCAUAAAUCGUUUCGGAUUCUUUCUAGUCUAUUCCGUAGUUCGAUGUUUUCUUUGUUUAAAUCAAUUCGUUUUUUUUUUAUCUAUCGUUUGAAUAACAAAACGUGCCCUUGCGAGAAAGGAAAAAAAAAGUGCAAACAAAUGAGCAAAAGAUGUCAUCUUUUCGAAAAAAUUGAAGCGAUAAUAAAGACGAAAAAAAAUUGUAUGGAUGCUCAUCAUCAUUCAAUUUUAAUUAAAGACAAAGUAAUUAGUAAUGCCCAAACACAUGAAAUUAUUUGAUGACGUAAUAAAAAAAAACUUUUAUCGCCGUUUGAAUCAAAUGAAUCUUGUUCAUUGAGAGGAGAAAAAAAAAGCUCGGGGAAAUUUGUUUGUUAACAAAAAUUGAAGCGACCCAAGCGUUGAUUGUAAAUAGGUUAUUUGGCUGCUGAUUUCAGGUUAAAAUUCGUGUCAAAUCAAUUAAAAGACAAAAUGUUUCUUUUUUAAGUAAACAAAUGCCGAACGUUCACGCGCGUUUGCCGACAGAGUGAACGCCAACACGAAAAAAAGAGUUCUCAUUCGAGUCUCAGUAAAUAUCAGUGCGUUUUUUUUUGUCUAUAGUUGUUGUUGUUUGUAUUCUAUUUUAUCGGUCUCAUUCGUCUUGUGUCGAUGUAAGCGAGAGAGAAAAUUACGGCAACCGUGAAUAUUGUAGUCACAUACAAAAGUUUACUCAAUUAUUCAUUGCAGUAAUUUCGGUUCAUUGCUCAUUUGUUAUUGCAAAGAUAUCAUUAAUUUGGGUAGUGCUUCCGUGAAAAAAAAAACGAGAAGAUAAAACAUUUUGUGGGGUUAAAAAGUGCCACGACGGAGACAUUACAUGUUUGAAACAAACGAAUUGGGAUUGUUUUGACGUGUGCAAAAAAGCAGAAAGUUUUAAAGAGAACGCGCAUUUAUUCGCUUUGAUUUUACUACUCAAUUGAGUUUCAAAAAGAUGAGAAUCGUAUUGAGUUGCUGUCUGCUGUUGCUCUUAGCACUUUCGGGUGGUGUUUGGUGUCAAACGAGUAGCAUUGUGAUUGGCGAAACAAACCAUCCGCUCAUACACAACAGAACGAUCGAUAUUCCGGCAGCAAAAAGACCAUGGUAUAAAUCAAUGAUUAGCUUUUUCACUCGUUCGGAAAAACCUGUUCAAAAUGUUAAUUACACCUUCCCAUCACAGUACACUCUCAACAGUUCGCGUUGUUUGAUUACAGGUGUCACAGUGAAUGACAUCGAUCUUUUUGGCAACGGUGGUUUAGCGAAAAUCAUUGACGGUGGUCUGGGUCAAGAUCGAGUUACCAUUAAUUUUGUCUCAAAGCCGGGUGAACCAAUGCAUUUCUCUCUCAAAAUCAAUGGAUACUGUGUGAAAAUGAAUCCAAUGGACUCGUAUACAAAUACUGCUCAGCACGCAAUUCCGUUGAAUCGCGAACUAGUAAACACUGUACAACCGUCAUACGGCUGGAUGCCACCAUCGAAUUUGACAUUGAACAACAGUAGCUCGGUUCUUAUGCAGAAUAUCACAUCUACGUCAAAUUCAUCUGGAUGGUGGCACUUUGGGUAGCUACACUCAACCAACCAACCAACCAACCAUCAUUCAACUAUCUAUUCAUUAGCAUCGCACGCAAUAAAUUAUGUAACCAAUUUCCGUGGAAUAAAAAAAAUUACAUUGUAAGCACGAAA